AUGGCGGGGUGGCUCCGCGACGUCGCCAACCUCAACCUCGACUCCCUCCACCGCGGCAUCCAAUCCUACCUCCCCACCGUCGCGCGAAGCGACACUUCCUCCUCCUCGUCAUCCCCGCCCACCCCAGAAGGUAACGCCACAUCCGCGACAACGCCGUUCGAGUGCCUCACGCAACCGUACCGAACACACAUCGUGUCGACGGACCCGCUCGUCAUCUACAUCCACGACUUCAUCAGCCAGCCCGAGAUCAAGGGCCUCAUGGACGCCGCCGACGGCCUCUUCAAACCCUCCAUGACCACCAAGUACGGGCGCACGACCAAGGACACGGCGCGCACCUCGUGGAGCGCCGGCUUACCCGUGGACGUGGACGUGGUGCGGUGCGUGCUCGACCGCGCCCAGGACUUCAUGGGCACCAUGCUCUCCACGGGCAAGGACGAGAUGGGCUCGCCCCAGCUGGUGCGCUACAAGCCCAAGCAGAAAUUCGACCUGCACUUCGACUGGUACCCGACCCCGCAAAAGCCUUACCCGCCCGAGGAGCGCGACCGCAAGUGGAAUCGGCCCGCGAGCUUCUUCGCGAUCCUCGAGGACGAGUGCACCGAGGGCGAGACGUAUUUCCCCACCUGCAGGCUGUGUCGCCGCAGCUGCGACGAGAACGAGGAGUGGACGUCUCAGACCUCGGUUGAUCCGCCCGCCAAGGUCUACGUCGGAAAGGACAAGUUCGAAAAUGAAGACCUCAUCAAGUACGGCUGGGACGAAGACGUCUGGUUCCACGUCGACAAGCUCUCCAGCGCCCACAUCUACCUACGCAUGACCGACGGCCAGACCUGGGACACCCUACCCCAGGCCCUGCUCACCGACCUCGCCCAGCUCACCAAGGCCAACUCCAUCGAGGGCAACAAAAGGACAACCAUGGACGUCGGCCAGGUCAGCUUCCACGACCAGAAGCGCGUGCGCAAGGUCCACGUCGCCCAGAGGGAGAACCCCAUCGUCAACCGCCUCAACAAGACAAAGGUCGAGGCGAAGCCAGAUUUCAAGCAGGAAAAGGAGAACCGGUUGAAGGAGUUGAGGCAAAAGGAGCAGGCGGCUAUUCAGGCAAGGAAAAAGGAAGAACUCCGCCAGACGCAAGAGUACAAGGAAAAGAAGUGGCAAAAGGACCACGCCUACGACGAUCUCUUUGACGAGGAUGCCCUCGCGGGAGCGAGUAACCAGAACCGCACCGAGGAUUGGGAAGAUGACUUUAUGUAA